AUGUGUGAACUGCAUAACCUUGGCCCAACUGUUUAUAUCGAUUUUGAUCCAACGAUCACACAACAUGGAUUGGUGUUCAAGAAUGAGGAUCGACAUUUGCUACCUUCUGCUAGAAAUCCCACCAUCGUUUAUGAUUAUACCCCAUUCUGGCAUGCCAAGAAUUCUUACUUUCCCGUAUUUCUUGAUACAUUACAACAUCAGAACAUAGCAGCUCGCCAAGAAGUCAUGGAUGAAGCACAAUUUGACGAAUCAUUCUCAUUGCAAAGAAUCUUACGACAAUACUGGAUCAACAUUUGCGCCAACGACGGUCAUGAUGCAUGCCUACGUCCAGGCGACAUUCCUGAUCAUGAACAUGGUGCUGAUGACUUUACCACGGAAAGCACCACAUUUAUACAACAACAUGGUCGUGGCAUUGAUUCUUGGGUGUGGGAUCAUUACUUAGCCAUUCCAAAGGGCAUGGCCACUAUCAGCAACGCAUGGAAGGAACUUUUAAAGAGAUAUCAGUUGGAGAUUGUACAUGUCAGCGUGGUUAGAGGAGUCAAACGAUGA